CCGGAGGGCGUGGGGAGGCAGGCCAGACGCGCACGCUGCCGGGCCGGAUCGCCACCCCCGCUGCCUACCGGACGGGAAGUGAGCCACCGGGACGCGAGUUCCAGUGAGUGCUUACCGCAGCCGCCUGCACCCGGGACGAAGCAUGGCGGCCGCCAAGGUGGCUUUAACCAAGAGAGCAGAUCCAGCUGAGCUUAGAACAAUAUUUUUGAAGUAUGCAAGCAUCGAAAAAAAUGGUGAAUUUUUUAUGUCUCCCGAUGACUUUGUCACUCGAUAUUUGAACAUUUUUGGAGCGAGCCAGCCUAAUCCAAAGACUGUGGAACUUUUAAGUGGUGUGGUGGAUCAGACCAAAGAUGGAUUAAUAUCCUUUCAAGAAUUUGUAGCAUUUGAAUCUGUCCUGUGUGCCCCAGAUGCUUUGUUUAUGGUGGCCUUUCAGCUGUUUGACAAAGCUGGCAAAGGAGAAGUUACCUUUGAGGAUGUUAAGCAAGUUUUUGGACAGACCACAAUUCAUCAACAUAUUCCGUUUAACUGGGAAUCAGAAUUUGUGCAACUACAUUUUGGUAAAGAGAGAAAAAGACACCUGACAUAUGCAGAAUUCACUCAGUUUUUACUGGAAAUACAACUGGAGCAUGCAAAACAAGCCUUUGUGCAACGAGACAAUGCCAAGACUGGAAGAGUCACAGCCAUUGACUUCCGAGACAUCAUGGUUACCAUCCGUCCCCAUGUCCUGACACCAUUUGUAGAAGACUGCCUAGUAGCUGCUGCUGGAGGUACCACAUCCCAUCAAGUUAGUUUCUCCUACUUUAAUGGAUUUAAUUCACUCUUAAACAACAUGGAGCUCAUUAGAAAGAUCUACAGCACUCUGGCCGGCCACAGGAAAGAUGUCGAGGUGACUAAGGAGGAGUUUGUUCUGGCAGCUCAGAAAUUUGGUCAGGUUACACCCAUGGAGGUUGACAUCUUGUUUCAGUUAGCAGAUUUAUAUGAGCCAAGGGGACGUAUGACCCUUGCAGACAUUGAACGGAUUGCUCCCCUGGAAGAGGGAACUCUGCCGUUCAACUUGGCCGAAGCCCAGAGGCAGAAGAAGGCCUCAAGUGAUUCGGCUCGGCCAAUUCUCCUACAAGUUGCAGAGUCGGCCUACAGGUUUGGUCUGGGUUCUAUUGCUGGAGCUGUUGGGGCCACUGCUGUGUAUCCAAUCGAUCUUGUAAAAACUCGAAUGCAAAACCAACGAUCAACUGGCUCUUUUGUGGGAGAACUCAUGUAUAAAAACAGUUUUGACUGUUUUAAGAAAGUGCUGCGCUAUGAAGGCUUCUUCGGACUGUAUAGAGGUCUGUUGCCACAGUUAUUGGGAGUCGCCCCAGAGAAGGCCAUAAAACUUACAGUGAACGAUUUUGUGAGGGAUAAAUUUAUGCACAAAGAUGGUUCAGUCCCACUCGCAGCAGAAAUUCUGGCCGGAGGCUGUGCAGGAGGCUCCCAGGUGAUUUUCACAAAUCCCUUAGAAAUCGUGAAGAUCCGUUUGCAGGUAGCGGGAGAAAUCACCACUGGUCCCCGAGUCAGCGCACUGUCUGUCCUUCGAGACCUGGGGUUCUUUGGAAUCUACAAGGGUGCCAAAGCAUGCUUUCUGCGGGACAUUCCUUUCUCAGCCAUCUACUUCCCGUGCUAUGCUCAUGUGAAGGCUUCCUUUGCAAAUGAAGAUGGGCAGAUCAGCCCAGGAAGCCUGCUCUUAGCUGGUGCUAUAGCUGGUAUGCCUGCGGCAUCUUUAGUGACCCCUGCUGAUGUUAUCAAGACAAGAUUACAGGUGGCUGCCCGGGCUGGCCAAACCACUUACAGUGGAGUGAUAGACUGCUUCAGAAAGAUCCUGCGGGAAGAAGGCCCAAAAGCUUUGUGGAAAGGAGCUGGUGCGCGUGUAUUUCGAUCCUCACCCCAGUUUGGCGUAACUUUGCUGACUUACGAAUUGCUACAGCGGUGGUUCUACAUUGAUUUUGGAGGAGUAAAGCCUAUGGGAUCGGAACCAGUUCCUAAAUCCAGGAUCACACUGCCUGCUCCUAAUCCUGAUCAUGUCGGGGGCUACAAACUGGCAGUUGCAACGUUUGCAGGGAUUGAAAACAAAUUUGGACUCUACCUACCUCUCUUCAAGCCAUCAGCAUCUACCUCGAAAGCUAUCAGUGGAGGCCCCUAGGAGGGCCGACCUGGGACGUUGUUGUGGAUUUGUUGGUACUGCAGCAAAAAAAAAAAAAAAAAAAAGAGUCCCAUCAUGGAUGGAAGCAAUGCUUCCUAUCUCUCGUAUCUAUCUCUUGUUGAAAUUCAGUCGAAGUUUUUCAGAAAGCAAAAUCAUUCAUUUUUCUGUGUGUUUUCUUAACCAGAUCAUUGUGAAAUUACUCAAAAUUGUUAUUUGGACCUCUGCCCACAAGCCUUUGUUUGUGUCUGAGCAUUUGCAGGGAUUUGGUCAACACUGUCAUGACUUGGGGAAAGGAUUAAGUCUGAACAGAAAAUAGGGCCCCUCUGCUUGGACUGGGAUUACAGUCCCAAAAAGGCUUCAGAAAGGUAAACAUGGUGCUCAGAGCAAAGUGUUUCGUGUGUGUUUAAACUGAUAGGAAACUGGGUACAUAUCAUUAAAAAAAAAAAAAAAACUAGAAGAAAUGAAAAGUUAUCAGCUUCCCAUUUUAAACAUGCACCAACCCUUGUCUCUGGAUUAUAUUAUGAAGCUUUUAUGUGAAACAUGUUUUUAUAUAAUGAAAACCACAUUGGAGAUGUUUAGAAUCAUCUUCUGUUACUGGUACCAAGGCUAUGAGGAAAAAGUCUUUGCACUUUAGGGAAGUGCUUUUGGCAUUUUAUUAUGUAGACAGAAAAACGGAGAUGCAGCCCUGAAUUUGCUCAUUUAGGAGAACUGCUCAUGUGAUGCACACGUGCUCAUUACUGCCUAUGUCAAUACACGCUGCAUGCAUCCUAUUGCUGGUACCGAAUUAGAACCCCAAUACUUUUAAAAUCCACUUUAUCUUGAAUCACGUAAGACAAAUGCAUUCUAAUAUAAGUUUUUAUUUAAUUUGCAGUGCCUUGUGUAAUGGUCAGAGGCUCAUGUUUCGUGAAGGUGGAAAUAAACUAUUUUUAAAGCUA